AUAAUAAGUAACUAGCUAGCUAGUCUCAUAUCUCAAAUUUUGCAAUACCCAAAAAAUAAUGUUGCCACCAAGGUACAUAUUCUUCAUUGCAGUGUCUCUAGCAACAAUAGCAGUGAUCUUAUUAGCAUUGCUCUCACCAGUUUCCCACACCACCAACAAUCCAACAAAACCAUGGCUUGAUCUUUCAAUGUACAUCCAACAACAACAUCAUGUUGCUAGUACUGAAGAUCAAGCAUCUUCUUUAGGAGGAGCAUUCAUGUACCACGGUUUUCUCACUGAGGGACCAGAGAACACAUCAAGGGUAGUUGGAAAAGCACAGGGAUUCAUCAUAAUCCCUACAAGUAAUAACGCUGAACAGUUCCAGCAAUAUUACUAUUAUGACUCAUCUGCAUUCAAUGUCAUGUGUUUAACCUUUGACACUCCAGAACAUUCUGGAAACUUAAGUGUUGAGGCUAAAGAAGAAGUAUCACCCCAAAAAAGUAAUAAUAAGGGUAGAAGAAGAGAAGAGUUAAGGGUUGUUGGAGGGACAGGUUCUUUUGCAUUUGCUCGUGGCAUUGCCAUAAUUUCUCAAACAGGUGGUGGGCAAUCUACUCAUAAAAAUGGUGUUGCUGCCUCUUAUCAUGUUAAACUUCAGCUUCAAUUUCCAAAGCAUAAUUCCAACAAGUUUUUACCAUGAAUCACUAUAUAUGUAGUUGAGGUGGGGAAUGCAUUUUUCUGUUUUCUUUACCUGUGCUAAGUUCUAGAAAGUCAAAUGUUAUAAAAUAGAAUUUGGGAGUCUUAUGAUCUUACCCUGUAGUUAAAACUUUAGGUUACUUUAAAUAUUAAUAUUUAAAUUAAGAUAAA